GCCAGAGUUGUAGCAUUGCGCUCUUCGGGUGAUGCACAUGUGGUCUUGCGGCUCUCCAGCGGAGAGGAACUGGGCAGUCCACAAGGGCAUUCACACGAAGAAGCGCAACCAGUUGGCCUUCGAGAAGGUCGUGCAACUCGUUGAGAUCACCGCAAAUGUGCGGUUGAAUGAGUAUCGGCGGGCAGGAUGCGGUUAUGUGCUGCCAUGGCAGCGGGACGAGGGCAUGCUGGAUUGCCAGGCAGGAAUCGAGUUGGAGCCUGUGCGCUCGGGGACUCACAGGGGGAUGACGGAGGAGGAGAUUGCCCGUCAGGUUGCACUUAUUACCCGGGAUCCCAUCGGGGCGUUCGCACCACCCUCGGCUGAUGCCGUUUUCGAUAGACGUGAUUGCAUUUUUCGUCCCUACCCCAGGGAGGACGACUCAGACGAGGAGCCGAUACCCGAGGCAGCAGAUGACCUUGCGCUCCGCAUUCCCCAGGAGAUCGACGAGACGCACGGCGAUCCCGACUCCGAGGAGACGAGGGCACACACUGCACGACGGGCGGCGGACCGGGCGAAGAGGGAGAUGCUGGGGGGAGACGAGAAUUUAUGGGGCCUAUUCGGAGGACGGGGCACCUUCGGCAGCAGCAGUGGAGAGUUCAGUGGACCAGCAGCGGUGCCGGACGCGACGAUCGCAGUCGCGGUGGAGGAGAUAGCAGCAGCAGCAGCAACAUCAGUGCUGGAGGAGAUGGCAGCAUCAGUGUUGGAGGAGGAUCCACCAGCGGCAGGAGGAGGUGCAGCAGUGGAGGGGCAGGUGGCAGCAGCAGGAGGAGCAGGUGGAGGAGCAGCAGCAGUGGAGGUUGAGGUGGCAGCAGCAGUGGAGGAGGAGGAGGCACCGUCGGCAGCUGCAGUGGAGGAGGAGAUAGCUUCACAGGCCGAGGUGCAGCGUGGGGGCGAUGACGAGCGCCUCAUGCAGCAGUUCCUCACGGAGGAGCUCGAUCCGGCCAUAGCGGGUAUGACCCCGGGCGUGGAGAGGGGGUUUGGGAUUUCAGAUUCAGAGAUGGGGACCCACUUAGACUUAGAUUUGUCGGUGGGCCUUCCACCUAGUUGCGGCGGGGCGACAUCGACGGACCGGGCUCCAUCGAAGGACGAGGCGCCAGGCAGGACUUCGACGCAGACCGCGAGAGAGAGGACGUCGACUGAGUCUCCAGACGCAACACACGACAUCAUGGAGCGAGAGAGGGCUAGACUUUUGGCAUCGACUGACCCUUGUGCUCAGGCGUUCGCACAGGCCGUAGAGGAGGCCAGGCGUCGAGAGAUAGGGCAGGAUUGUGUGCAGGGUGGGGUGGUGGCGGAGGAGGACAUCGCGGAGGGAGUGGCAGCAGAGCCGGUACCCGAGGCUAUGACGGGUGGAGCAGAGGCAGCGGGCGUUGCUGUGGAGGGACGGCCUCAGGCGGUGGAUGAGGCUGUGCAGGCAGGACAGCGACGAGUCGAGGGGCAGGAGACAGCGACGGGUCCAGUCGUUCCAUUCUCGGGCCUGCACUUGGCUCAGGCCAGACAGCCACAGGCGGUUCAGAUGGCAAUGCAUUGUGUGCCACCGCCCGUUAUCACGGAUUUGGGGUCCGAGCCGGUGGUUGAGCCCCCACGUCUUCCUAGCCACUUUGCUCCGCAGGAGGUCCGUCGUCCUUUGGAUGCAGAGGAGUUGGCGAGAGAGGUUGUGCGCGAUGUCACUCGCUUGGACCGGCAGAUCUUCGACCGGAGGCUCGAGCACCCACCAUGCCAGACGAUCCCUUCGGUUCCAUGGGGUCCUGCGUCCCCCGUGUGGUCUGGGUCUACCUCCACCGGAGGACAUACCGCGGGACAUGUUCCUGGGGUUUCGGGUGGCGUGACGGAGACAGCGCCACGCACAGGAGACAUGCCACCCCCUCCUCCCAGAGCACCUGCAGGUGAUCCAUCAUCGUCGUCCACAGGCAGAGGCUCUCAAUCCCCACACACGCCUGGGAGAUCUAGGAUUCGUGACACGACUGCAGUUCAGCAGGACGUGUGUGACACGACGAUAUUCGGGAGGACAGAUAUAGAUUUGGAUUCCACCCGCCAUGUCACGGAGCACACUGCACGCCUUCAGCCGGGCUUGGGAGGAGGAGGCGCUAGAACGACCGCAGCGAGGGAGGUACCGGCAUCAGGUUGUGAGCCUCAACGAGGUCGUGACAGAGGAGUGUCGACCGAGACCUUGGAGUACGCUCUGAGAGCAGCGACGCGUGCCGUGCAGGAGCAGACUCCACUCAAGCGUGGAGUGCCUUCUCGUCCACGCCCCACCAUUGCAGAGGCUAGUGCGAGGGUUGUUGUGUUGAGGAAGGGAGGAGGCCCAGUCACCAUCGAGGAGGAUGAUCCUGAUACGGAUGCCGCUGUGCGGGAUGCGGACGAGGACAACGAGGGCGAGGAGAUGGGAGAGGAGGAUAGCAGGAACGGUUCCGAUGGUGACGACGACGACGACUACGAUAAGCCCCCACCUUCCCCAGGACCCCCACCGACGCGUGCAUCUAGACGCUCUGCUGCACGGACUUCUUCAUCCUCACGAGGGAGGAAGAGGUCGACAUCCGGCACUCGAGGGGGCACGAGGAAACACAGCGGGAAGGGGAAGAAGGGUCGUUGACCGAUGAGGCCAACACUCCGCUUCUCCCUUACUCGC